CCGUCAUUGGACAAUGACUUCAGAAAAUUUCAAAAAUAUUUUUCUCCAUUUUCUACAUUUGUGUGCAUGAUAUACUACAUCUGCAAGAAAACAACUUAUGAUUAAGUUUUGGUAACUGUCUGGAAAAAAGACGUGGAUAAUACUGGCUACACGGCUCUGUCCUUAUUUGGAUAUCUAGGCUACAGGUGUCUAUGUAGAUAAUAUCUAAAGAUGACAUACAUUAAUGAUGCACUGAGGGGCAUCUUUAAGGAGGUCGUUGCAAAUAAGGUGAAGAGCUGCCUAUUGACACAACCAAUUCUGAUUGUGUUACAUCAGAAAACUGAGUCAGUUGUGCUGUAUGUGCGAUGUAUUGCUGAAGGGGAAUAUGAUAUAGCUCUGAGAUGUGCACCAUUAGAUAAAGUAAAGACAUCCCUAGACAUCACUGACCCUGAUAUUCCAGUUGUAGUGAUCAAGGAUGACAGUCAUAGGAUUGAGCCUGGGGGUGAUGUCUCUUGUGAUCUAACUAGUCAACAGAUUCAGAAAGCCCCUGAUUCAGUUAAAACAAAUUCAUCAAGUCCAAGAAAACGAAGGCGAACAACAAGAUCAAAGAAAUACGAUGAGUUCCACACUGGUUCUGAUGAAGAAGACACAGACUCUAAGGAAAGCAAAAUCCGAGAGAAUACAAAGCCCUUAACUGAGCCAGAAGAUAUUUCCUGUCUGGCUGAGCGCACAGAGUCAAGUGAAGCAAAUAAUCAAGAUAUUGCACACAACUCAAAGGAUGCUGCUGCAUUGCAAGCUAAGAAUCAAGAAAAUGAAGAAACUGAAGAAGGAGACAAUAAGAAAAACCAGGAAAACAUAACUUCACCUGACAAUAAGAAAUCAUCUGUAAAAUGCAGACUUUGUGAUACAAGUAAAAUCUUUAAAUCAGACCCUAUGUUAAAGCUGCAUGUUUCGCGCCACCAUAAACAGGAUUCUGAAUAUUUGGAGGAAAUUCAGACUAGGAUUACAAAUGAAAAAGAAAGUAAAAUGAAAUACAAGAAAAUAAAGGGUGGGAUACCAAUCCAGUGUGAAAUAUGCAGGGAGUUUUUCUCUCAUCCCAAAUUACUCAUGGUUCAUAUGGAUGAACAGCACACAGACCAGAAAGAGGAGGUUGACGGUUAUGUUAAGCAAUUAACCAAUCAACAUCCUAAAUGUGAAACAUGUGAUUUGUAUUUCAAAACGCAAGAUGAUGCAAAUGAGCAUUUAGAAUGGUUGCAUGUUUCACAACCUGAUCCAAAUAGCAAGCUUCAUUGCAAAUUCUGUCUGAAAGUUCAUUCGAAUAUUGUUGAACUUAAUGACCAUAUCAACCUCAUGCACAAUACUGAAACUGAUACAUAUCCAAAAGUAUCGAAAGCUUUGGAAAACUCCUUGCAGAUAGCAGAUCAGCAAGUUAUAGACACUAAAGGCUUCCAGUGUAGACUAUGCUCAAAAUAUUUCCUUCCAAUGAAACCAUAUAAGUAUGGAUACAUAAACUCUGAACCAAUAAAGCGUCACAUCAUUUCCGAACAUAAAGGACACGCCAAGUACCAGAUCCUUAUAGAUGAACUUGAAAAAAGAUGUGAAAAGAAAAAUUGCAGAGAACAGAACAUUGCUUGCCGUAUUUGUGAGAAUAAAUUGACAGAUUACUCAAGAGUGUUUGAUCAUGUGACGAAAAUGCAUCCAAAUGACCCUUUGACACCAAUAUACAUAAAGGAGCUGAAGAUUUUGAGGAGAGUUACUUGUAAAGUUUGCGAACAGGAGUUUGCUUGUUCGGACCAUCUCAAAGUUCACAUGAAGGAGAUUCAUUGUACUAAAGAAGAGUCCUUGAGACUACAAGCGACUUGUCCUAUAUGUAGCAAAACAUUCCGCACCUCUAAGAUUCUCACCUGUCAUUUAAAGAGGUCCCAUACUGCUGAGCGUGUACAGUGCCAUCUAUGUGGUAAAGACUUUGCUUGUGGUAAUACACUGUGGCAGCACAUCAACUCAAUUCAUUACACACAGAAGAAGUCCAAGUGUAAUAUAUGCGGAAAGCUGGUUACAAAGAAUGCCUACCAGAAACACUUGACUACACACACUAAAGAAUUCAGGUUCCAUUGUGAACAUUGUGGAAAAGGAUUCCAUGAAAGCCAUAAUAAGCAGAGGCAUGUUACUACUAUACAUGAUCGGCAUAAACUGGUCAAAAUACCUUGUCAGUUUUGUGGGAAAUUAUUCACCAGCAAAUCUAACCUACAUCAACACACUAUGUCCGUGCAUGGCCAGGGCCUACUACAAUGUAAGCAGUGUAACAAGACAUUCAUGUUCAAGUCACGUCUGGAGAAACACGAGGCUGAAGCACAUAACACUGGAACACAGCCUGUUAACAACACUAAACAGAUUGCACAGCCUGAAGAGAACCCAGCACCUGAUGCCAUCCAAGCUACUGUGUACAAUAUUCCCAGUACUACAGACACCAUUGGGAAUACUGAUACCAUUACAAUUAACAUUGACCCUACCCAACUUCAGGAGGAGAGCCAGCUUGGAGCCAUUGAAGCAGCCUUGGAAGCCAUGAGGGAGAAACAAGAUGGUGCAAGUCAAGUUGUAGUACAGCAACCUACAAUAGAUGUCCCUACUGGUAUGGUCCUUCCAAUGGAAAACCGGCAGUUAUUCUCUCAAAAAUACAAAGUUUUCCAGUUAUCCGAUGAUGGAACUUUACAACCUAUAGAUCCCCAGGAUCAUUCUGUUCAGGAUCAAAUUUCACAAAGUACUGUAAUACAACAACAUAUUGAUCAAUCCCCCCAGCAAAAUCAUGGCAUUGUUGGCCAGCAAAUUAGGAUUCACCCCCAGGGUUAUAUUCAGCAUCAUUCACUUGAGGGGCAACCUGUUAUAAUACAACAACCGGGGGGUUCACUCCCUCAGAUGUAUAGCAAUGAGCUGGUCCAGGCUAAUAUGGAGCAGGGAUUACAACCUGAGCAGCAAUCGAAUAAAUGGACAAUUCAAAAUUGAUAAAAAGAUAAAUAUCUCUGCAUACCUCUGGUCUUUCAUCUCUCAAUUGAGUCAAUGUUUGACAAAGUAGAACUACUGUAAUACAUGUACAAUGUAUUUUUAUAUAUUUAUGAAUAUUAAAAUCUUUGUAAUCUACAAUUUUAUAUUAUUUUGAUAAAAUGGUUGAGCUCAAAAUUGAUUAUAAUCAAUGGUACGAACGUUUUAUGAAAAAUACAUUUUCAGACCUCUGGAUGUACAACUACCUUAAUAGGAUCUGUAUAAUAUUAUAGCAUACUUUGUUGAAACAGUGUUUUCCUGCGUUUUUUCCAUGCACUGUGUUUGUGUGAUUAGUAGCACAACGAUCAAUGUUUCAACAACAAAACAUUAAACUCUGACAAAUCUCAUCAACUCAAGAAUUUAUAAAUUGGAUUGUUUUUGUUUAUUAAGAAUGAUGAUAUACAUAAUAUAAUAAUACAUUUUUUGUUGACAAGAGAUAUAUUAAACUCUAACGAAUAUAUUUCAUGUAUUAAAUUUAAAGUGAUUCUGUUAUUCCAAGUCAAAGUGACAUCUAAGUUCACUGCACCAUCGUUAAUAAAUCGUAAGCACUGGUUUGAAAUGCAUCAACUUACACAAAGAAUAUUGUAACGUUUUCAUGGUUGGUUCGUCUCAUCAAGAGGAAUAUUUUCAUUGAUCUUCAAUCCUCUAAUGAACAGGUAAAGGAAAACCUAAUCAGAUUACCUUUGAAAUGGAAGAUAAAAAGGCCCAGAGUUUCAUGGACUCUUUUUGCGAAUUUGCUACAAGCAUAUGCCAGUCCAUGGUUUAUGAGAUAAAGUUGCUGUAAUUCCCUAUCCACCUCUUUAAAUGAGGUUAUUAAACGUGUUAAAGGCAAUAUGUUCAUUAUUUGAAACGAGCUUUAUUGUUUUCUUUACUACUUGCCCACAAGUUAUGCCAUGGUGAAGGUCACAUUUCCGAUCCUUUAUCUGAUUUUGGGCUGAUUAAGGCUCGGCUACUGUCUGUUUAAAAUUGCUUAGAAUAUUUAUUAUCAUGACAACUGAAUAUUUUCUUAUGAUUCACGCAUCUCCAACUAAAAAUUAAAGAACAGUUUGCAUAAUUAAAUUAUUGCCAAUUAAGAAAUAUGGACUUUUUUGACCCACCCUGUAUUUUGCCUCUUAGUGCAAAUGCCCCCAUUGUCAUUGUAAGUUCUAACAAAUAUUCAACGUGUACUAAAUCAGCAAUUUCCUCAGAUUCUGUUUGAGCCUUGUGAUUAAUGUUGAAAUACAUAAAGCUGGUGAACUUAAUAAACAAUGCACUUGAAGCAUGUGGUUGCUAAGGAGAUAACACAAAUAUCGUUGGAUCGAAUUGGACAGAUCAUGUUUAGGGGUUGCAGGUUACAAUUAAUAGUACAAUAAUUUACAAAAUAUGGAAGGAAAGUGAACACUUCCAAAUAAACAUUUUUAUGAAUAAAUAUGUACAGUGAUCACAUUUUAUGAAUAAAUAUGUACAAUGAUCACAUUGUAUCAUUAUUAAUAAAGUGGUGUUUCAUCAUUUGUAUUUUUUAUAAGAG